AAGCGUCUUCCCCUUCUCCACCUUAAGGCGAGCAGCAGCGGCGGCGACCAAUCACCAUGCCAUUACAGCCUUCAGAGGAAGCUGUUUAUGGGACUGCAGCGCUAAUUAGGCUCAUGAACUAACAAAUCUGCCUGCACGAACCCGGGCGAGGAAAACGAUCACAUCCAUGGAUUAGUCUGGGAGUAGCCGAGCACUUUUUAUUUGGGCUUUCCCGACACCACCGCGUUUUUUCCCCCCAACUUAUUUACUGCGCAGAAACUUUCCCCUUUCUUUGAGUGUGGAGUAUUUUUUAAGCUGAGAGCGCCAUACGACUACUUUAAACCUAAACUGGGGAAUCUGGACUAUCAGACCAUGUUUCAACCUGCACCCAAGAGGUGUUUUACUAUAGAGUCUUUAGUGGCGAAGGAUAAUCAUGUACCGGCGUCCCGCACCGAGGAGCCCAUCAGGCCAGCGGCUCUCAGCUAUGCAAACUCCGGCCAGAUGAACCCCUUCCUCAACGGCUUUCACUCCGGCGGCAGGGGCGUCUACUCUAACCCGGACUUGGUGUUCGCCGAGGCGGUCUCUCAUCAGCAAAACUCCGCCAUGCCGGUGCAUUCGGUGGCCCCGCAGCACGCUAUGGCUCACCCGCUUUCAUCCUCACACAGUCCGCACCCUCUUUUUGCCAGCCAGCAAAGGGACCCGUCAACUUUCUACCCCUGGUUAUUACACAGAUAUAGGUACUUGGGUCACAGAUUUCAAGGUAAUGAAACGAGUCCAGAGAGCUUCCUUUUGCACAACGCGCUGGCCAGAAAGCCCAAAAGAAUCCGGACAGCUUUUUCACCUUCGCAACUCCUGCGGCUCGAACACGCGUUUGAGAAAAACCAUUACGUGGUCGGAGCAGAAAGAAAACAGCUCGCCCACAGCCUUAGCCUCACAGAAACUCAGGUAAAAGUGUGGUUUCAGAACCGGAGGACGAAGUUCAAGCGACAGAAGUUGGAGGAGGAGGGCUCGGAGUCUCAGCAGAAGAAGAAAGGAUCGCAUCACAUAAACCGGUGGAGAAUGGCGACUAAACAGGGGGGGGGGAGCCCAGAGGAAAUCGAUGUCACAUCGGACGAUUAAAAAAAACAAGAAAAAAAGACUAUAUAAGCGUCUGAGCGAAGGAGGACAUGGAUAACGGAUGCCGUGUAGAGACAGUGAGGGGGUAAAAAGCCAAUGUCACAUUUCAGAUCUCCGAAGAUCGGCAGCUGAGGGUGAGAGAAACCCGACCGGUGGCACUGCUGUCACCGCGUGGGUCUGUCAAUCCAAAGGACCCAGGUUGAGUGUCUCAGUCCACCGACCUGAACCCUUCCACGCACCAACCACCACCACAAUCUCCCAUCUACCACCACUUCGUUUUUUUUCUCCAAUUCAUAUUGGACGUUUGCACUUCAGAAGUUUUUGGGUUUUUUUUUAAACAAAAAACGUUUCCGAUCAAGAUACCAAAACACCAAACUGCUUUUGUAAAACUUGAAUUGCAUGGUAUAGUUUUUCCCCCUGGUAGUUGUUUUUAAUUUGACAAGUUUUUCUCAAAAAAAAAAAAAAAAAUGUUUUCAACUCUAUUUUCAAACAGAGAUGUCGUGCUUCUUCCUUUUUACAAAGUGUGCAGUCUUUAAUUAAUGAUUCUCGUGUAAACGUGAUUGUGAAAACAUAUGAAGUAGCGGUGCUGCGAUAGUGUUUUUAUUUCAAUUUAUUUUUUUUUUGAGAAAAAAAGUACAAAAAUUGACUUUCGAUUUUAAACAAAAAACCUUUCUAAAAAGUGAAUCAGACUACAGAUCCAGUACUUAAAGGGAAGGUAUCAGGACAUUCCUUUAACCUAAAGCUUUACAAAUGUGUCGCUGUGGCCCCAUGCAGCCUUCUGUCAGGACUGACCCUCCACUGAAAGUUGCCACGAAGGACUAAAUGCAACAAAUGAGAGUUAAAAAAAAAAAAGAAAAAAACUCCAAGCACUGAGCGUAUUCCAUGUACAGAAAUGCUAAAAGUUAAUGUUUCUGUUAAACCCUCUUUUACAGAAUGUAAAUACUUUUUGUGUUUGUGUUAAGUUUGCUACAAUUUUAACACAAAGUAUACUUCCAAGAAGUAUGUAAUUGUCAAUAUUUUGUCAAUAAAGUUUUAUCAAUAUGUUGCGCGCAGUAAAAGUAUAGACUUUUGAUUAUAUAGAGCAGCUGAAUGGAGGCCUCUGACCAAACGAGGCUUUUAAAGGCGAUGAUAUGUAUUCUUACUUUGUGCCAUCAAGCGGAAUCGUGUGGAUGCAGUGUACAGUGAGGCUUUGCUGAUGUGGCGUUAGGAGUUUUAUUUCUCAAAGAGAGAAAAACAAAAAUAGCGCAGCCUGUAAUUUGUUGUCCUCAGCUCUGCAUUUGUUUCUCGGUCUGAUGUAGUCGGCAUUAGUUGUAUUUCUGAGGGGCUGCAGCGUCUGCUCCGCUCCGGCUACAAAGAGUCCCUACAAGCUUUUGUGAAAGUGCAAAUCAGUUUGGGCAAUUAUCAUGCGAGUAAUAUGAGGGGGGGGUAAAGGGGAUGCAUUGCCCAGUGGUCCACUUUAAUCUCUUAAUCCACGGAUCCAAGGGGCCUUGGUUGGACAUAAUUUAGUACAAUCUGACUACCCCUCACGAUGCGAUAAGGGGAGGUUGCAAUGUGCCGCAAAAUGGGAUCUUUGUUUAAAAUCUUGUCUUGUGGGCUCCACCGUGCUGCAAGCUGCUGCUUUGGACUGAACGGGGACUUUAGGACCUCUUCAGGAGCCUGUAGGCUAAACUGUUAUUUACAGCACGAAGCUAUUCUCUGUUUACACACAGUAAAACAAUGCAGCCACUUACAAAAAAAAUCUGACAAAUUUAAAGUGGAUUAUGAAUUUUUUUUCUUCUUGUGAAUACAUAAGAACCACAACCUCGGAUUUUUUUUUUCUGGUGCAAUGUGCAUGUGUUUGUUUAAUUGUUUCUUAAACUAAA